UUGAUAUUGUAGAAGGCUUGCACUUUUCUAGAUUGUAAGAGACUGACUCGUGUUGGUUUGAGUCUUUCCCAGCCUCCAGGCAUUCUAAUCAAGAUGCAUUUCCAGUGCAGUGUUCACUGUCGACCAUAGCCAUCCUUAUAUCUCUGUGUUCUGUUGGAUGAAUUGAAUUUGAUUAUUGGGUCUGUCAGACUGAGUUUUACUUUUUUUGUUUUGUUUUAAUCAAACUUUUGUGGCUCACAUAUUUUGACUUUUUAAAAAAUCCAAAACAUUUGAAACUUUCACAGUGUAUAUUAAUACGUAGAUUCGCAUAUAGUCUUUUCACAAUUUUUGAAAUUACGAAGUUAUUUUAAACUUUGGCAGUAAAACAAAAAAUUGUUUAUUGCUUUCUCUUAAGCUGAAACAAUCAAGCUGUAAGCAAAAUUUAAUUCCAUCAUUUCCUUGGACUGAAAAAUAAGGCAUGGUUUUGUAGGUCUUAUCCAGUUGGAGGGACCAGCAUAAAUGAUGUUUUUGCACUAAAAUAACCAUUUGAUUCCCCUUUAAAUAUGAUAGAUCUGAAUGUGUGGGAAACAGUGGAGUAUAUUAUGUCAACUUUAGAAUAGAAUACUUGAGGCUGAUCCAAAAACGUGCACAUUCCCUAUCAAUAUAAAAAGCUUUCCUUUGUCUUUAAGGUUAAACCCAUCCAUAAUAACUAUGAAUAAAACAAAGCUGGGGUCUUUAAUGGCAGAAACUUCUGUCACUACAUGAAACAAUUAUCUGGUCAAGUUUUCAGGUCCUUCACGGAAAAGAUAACAAUGACGCGAUGAGAAAAUGACAUUUUGCCUUUGCUCAAGACACCAUAGGGGUACAAAAUAAAGCCUGAUUAAGCAGUAUAAAUGAUGGUUAAAAGCUUUUCAUAAUUUGUGCAUCCUUUGUUUACAGAAUCACCAUUCAUCACUCGUCAUGAUUCGUGCCCUCUAUCUUCUUUCUGUCAUCUUCUUCCUUGUUGCUGGACUACUCCAGGCAGCUAAUAUUGUUUUAGCUGUGCUUGGAGGAUGUCUUCUUCUUGUGUUGAUAUAUGUUGUUAAUUAUUCAUUCAUCUACAUAAGAGAGUUCUUGUCAAAUAAUCAAAGGCCUCCAAUCGGAGGUCCAAUCUUUAAUCAACUAAUACACUUCAAUGAUCUCUUUGAUUACCAAACAUUGCUUGCACGGAGAUACAGCACUUACAGGCUGAUUGUGCCAACGCACAGUGAAAUUUACACUGCCGAUCCAGUGAAUAUUGAGUACAUUCUGAAAACUAACUUCUCUAAUUAUGGCAAGGGGAAAUACAAUUGUGGAAUCAUGAGAGAUCUAUUUGGUGAUGGUAUUUUUGCUGUGGAUGGAGAAAAAUGGCGCCAGCAACGAAAGCUUGCAAGCUAUGAGUUCUCUACGAAAGUUUUGAAAGACUUCAGUACUUCAAUAUUCCUGAGAAAUGCUGUUAAAUUAAUUAUGAAGAUAUCAGCAGUAGCAGGAGCAAAGCAAAUAAUAGACAUGCAGGAUUUGCUGAUGAAAUCAACUUUAGACUUGAUAUUCAAGGUUGGAUUUGGAGUGGAACUAAAUACUUUAUCUGGCUUAGAUGAUUCUGUGAGCAGUUUUACCAAGGCUUUUGAUGAUUCUAAUGCGAUUGUGUACUGGCGAUAUGUUGAUAUCCUGUGGAAAGUCAAAAGGUUCUUAAAUGUUGGUCUGGAAGCUUCUCUCAAGCGAAAUCUCAGAACUAUUGACGAAUUCAUCUUUGAAUUAAUCUGCCACAAGAAGGAGCAGUUGAGAACUGGAAUGAUUGAUAGUGGUAAAGAAGACAUACUGUCAAGAUUUUUGAUUGAUAGUGAGAAUGACCCCGAGAAAAUGACUGACAAAUACUUGAGGGAUAUAACUCUCAAUUUUAUCAUCGCUGGUCGAGAUACAUCCGCCAACACUCUCACUUGGUUCUUUUACAUUCUCUGUAAACAUCCUUACCUUCAAGAUAAGGUUGCCCAUGAUGUUAGAAGGGCGACUGGAUCAGAGGAUAAUAUCUCUGCUGAGGAAUUUGUGGAAUCGAUGACGGAAGAGGCCUUAGACAGGAUGCAUUAUCUGCACGCAGCUCUAACUGAGACUCUCAGACUAUACCCGGCUGUGCCAGUGGAUGGCAAGUGUGCAUCAGCGGAUGAUAUUCUACCUGAUGGCUUCAAAGUCAAGAAGGGAGAUGGUGUCAACUACUUGACUUAUGCCAUGGGAAGGAUGACCUACGUAUGGGGAGAUGAUGCAGAGACGUUUCAUCCUGAGCGGUGGCUGGAAGACAGAGUCUUCCGACCAGAAAGUCCUUUCAAGUUCACUGCAUUUCAGGCCGGGCCCAGGAUUUGCCUGGGUAAAGAGUUUGCUUACAGACAAAUGAAGAUCUUGGCUGCCCUUCUGGUGUACUUUUUCAAGUUCAACCUUGUCGAUGAGAAGGAGGCGACAUAUCGGACUAUGUUCACCCUUCACAUGGAUGGGGGGCUUCAUUUGCACGCACUUCCUAGGUUCUGAAGAUAUUUGAAGUCAUUUUUUGCCGGUCGAUUCCUUUCUCGCGUGUAUAUGUAUUGCUUGAAAACCUUUGCUCCGUAGAUGUAUGAUUCCAGCUGAUGGUACUUCUAUGUUCUUUUUAUGAAAUCAAAUACCUACUUCAUCUU